CCCUAUAAAAGCGUGUGUUAGCAGGCCCUAAUCACAUUCGCUCUUUCAUCCUACUUCUACAAACCAUCAAGCCGUCCCUACCCACCCUUCAAAAUGUACAAACUGGUAGUGUUCACCGCCCUCCUGGCCGUCGCUGCCGCUGCACCAGGCUUCCUCAGCGCCCCUAUCGCCGCAGCACCGUGGGGCCAUGGCGUGGUCAGCGCACCCCUAGUUAGCACUGGUGUCGUCAAGACCGCUGUUCCUGUAGCCACUUCUUAUGCCAAUACUGUUAGGAUCGCAUCGCCAGCUGCAGUGGUGGCUGCGCCGGCGCCUAUAGUCGCCGCCCACGCGCCCAUUGUCGCGGCCCACGCGCCGGUCGUCGCAGCUCCCGCUUAUGCCCAUGGAUGGUGAGGGCUCGAUAAGCCAAACCAACACCGUGGCCCAACACAGGCUUACGUCGCCUAGUUCCGGAAUGUGCAACAGUCAAACCAUAUCUAUUACAUUUAGGCUAAGUCCAAUCGGCUCGUCAAGUUGGAGCAAAAUCUAGCUCUACAGAGUUGGAGAGUUGUGCCACAGUUUGGAAAUAAUAUGCAAUAAAUUCUUACUUUUACAUAUUUA